AUGUAUAUAGAAGAGGUGAUGAUGGAUGGGACAGGAACAGUCACCGCCAUCCAAAGCAUGGAGAAUAAUUAUGAACUUAUCAUUGUGGGAAGACGUCAUGAUGCAUGGUCACCACUCAUCUUGGGACUAAAAGCUGAUUUCAACGGCAGUGCCACCAUCUUGGUAGUGCAGCAGCACUACAAUACAUUAAAUGAAUGGUAUGACAGCACGAAAGGCAGCUCCCACGUGCCUCAUGAUAUAGAUGAAGCAGAGGAUCUCCCAAUUCAGAGGAAUUCUGUGAGUGCUCAAUUGGAAGGGAGAUAG